CUUUACCAAAACAACCGAUUCUUACGUCUCGAGUUUCAGCCGUAAAAUGAAGGCAGAUGAGAAGCGAUGUUCUUGUAAAGGAAUCCGAUCUUGUUUAUUAUGCGAAUAUUCUUCCAAGAAUACAACAGUCGCACAUGAGAAGCUCCAGUAGAAACCAUCCUGAAGUAGAGAAGGAAUCCUCAGAACUGACAGAUCCUGCCGAGCCAUCCAACCGAUGCCGUCAACAUGGAAAAUAGACAUCAAAUGAUCACAACCUAUCUGUAUUGUAACAAAUGUCAGAAAGCUUGGGCAGAGCAGCAGCAACGGAAACAACACCCGGAUCAUGAAGGAGCAUCAAUGGAGUAUCCUGGGAUCUUCUUGAAAGAAGAGUUUAUCAGUGCUGAAGAGGAGGAAUUCCUGACCAAACAGAUUGACCUGUCUCCAUUCGUAGAUUCCCAAUCAGGUCGGAGGAAGCAGGAUUAUGGUCCAAAAGUGAAUUUCAAAAAGCAGAAGGUGAAGUGUUCAGCGUUCACGGGUCUUCCAAGCUUCAGCAAGUUUCUCGUCGACCGUUUCGCUUCCAUACCAGAGUUGUCCGGUUUCGUUCCUGUUGAGCUUUGCAAUCUUGAGUACGAACCGUCGAGGGGAGCUGCCAUCGAUGCCCACUUCGACGAUUUCUGGAUCUGGGGUGAACGCCUGGUGACUGUCAACCUCCUCAGCGACACCUACCUCAGCAUGAGCCUGGAGACGAACCCUGGGAUCGCGGUUCGCGUUCCGCUGCCGCGCCGCUCGCUAAUCGUCGUCUACGGCCCGGCACGAUGCCAAUGGAAACACGCCAUACACAGACAAGACAUUGAAUCACGCCGACUUGCGAUGACCUUCCGGGAACCUACUGUCGACUUCCUGCCAGGGGGGCCCCAUUCCGAUAUUGGGGAUCAACUUAUACGGACAGCCCUUACUUUCCAAGGAAUUUCUGUCGCUGAAACUUCAGAUCGGUGACGAAGAGGAUUAUGUUAAUAAAUGACGCUAAUACAUUAGGUUGUAAAUAGUAAAAGAUCGAAAAAA